AUGAUGACUGAUUAUCGCUGCUCUACAAUUCUCCUGGCCGAAACUGAAGUUACUCUUGAAAGGAUAUUUAUUGGUUCUACUCGUCACUCUGGUUUGCGCCUGCCAGCCGCUGCAGAGUCUAGGUGGUUGGUCAGGUCCAGCGCGAAAAACUACAGAAUAACACAUGGUCUACUCGCUCUCACUGAUGAGACUCUGAAUAGCACUCUGUGGAGUCAUGUUGUUCCUCUCACGUGGCUUGCUGACCUUUUCACUGAACCAAUCGAUAACGUGAGUGUAGGUGACACGGGCAUAAAUAAAAGACGUGCUUCCAUUGAUACCUGCAGGGUGAAUGACGAGCCCUGGCGUCAGAGUAUAAAAAAGAGCGUCCAAUGCCCGUGCACCAUCUCGCAGGUUAGUGAAGCAUCGUUUCUUCCUAUUCUUCCCUCCCAUAUUCUCGUUUUUCUUCCUUCACUCAUUAGUUUAUAUUCUCCCCAGUAA